UGUACACAUAAUGGCGGAAGGAGUGUUGAAGGCGGGUCCCAGCUAGUCUGUUGAAAUUUUCGCGACGUUUCCUUUAGUCAAAGUAUUUCAGAGCCUAGCUUUCAUUUAUUUUUCUCUUUGGGAGAGUUUAGAUGGAAAUAAGUAUACGUUUUUUUCGCGAAAUCACCAAGCCUUUUCUACUCCCACGGCUGCAACUUCAUCGUGAAAGUAUCCUGCCUCGUCAUCGUUCAAAUUUCAUCAUCAUCUUCAACUGAUCGUCGCUUGCCAUGAAAUAAUAUUUACAGUAAGGGUGUGGUGGUUUAUUUCGAAUUUUAAAAGCGCGGAAAUAACCGUCAGAAAGAUGGAAAAGAAGAGUAAUUUCAUUCUCCUUCGCGAUUUGGAAGACCCUUCGACCCAAGAUUCUAGUUUACUGUGGGGAAUGUUGACGAAUUAUGUAUACGGAACGCAACCUCCAGUAGCCUUGAAGGGCGAAUUAUUUGAAGCUCAUCCAGUAGAAGAACAACCCACUGGAGACAGCGACAGAAUUGCUUUACGUGGGCUGAAGCAGAAGUGUCUGGAGGUCGAUUGUCUAAAAGAAGAUUUACAAGUAAUCACACCAGAAGACGCCCAAAUUUUGUUGGCUGUUCAAUCCUAUAGUGAAAGAUGUAACAUUGUGAACGACAAGCAGGAUCUUCUGAGGUGGGGUUUGACGGAGAAUGAAGGAUGUCAUGUGCUUGUUUGGUUGGAUGAUUUGAAGAAGAAUGUGGAUGCAGUUGUUCAUUACAAAGGCGCCCUUCCUCCUUAUGAUGGGAUCAUGUUUGGUGUUGAGAUUGUGGACCCCCGUUUUCAAAACAGAGGAACAACAGAUGGAGUAUUCAGAUGUCAGAGGUACUUCAAAUGUUCCCCUAGGGCUGGUUUGUUUGUGUCACUUGAUAGAAUCACUGCUUCUUUGGAAGAAACAGAUCAGCAAGUGAAAGAAGACAACGACCAAGAUGAAUACACUUGCAUAGGAGAAGGAGUGAAGAAUGGUGGAGAUGAUUCUGGGAUGGAAAGCUCAGGACACUCUCUGAUUGAAGCUGAGCUUCUUCAAGGAAGGAAUGACGCUUUAAUUCUGGAUGAAAAUGACAUGGAUGAAUCAGAAAUUAUUGACAAUAUGGAGGAAUGUGACACUAUCGAGCACGGCUCCGAGAGUCUUGAAAAGGGAGAGAAAUCAAGUGAAGACGAAGCAGAGGACUUCAAACAGUUAUAUCUUCAGCAAAAGAAGCUAUUGCAGGGGACGCAGUAUCGUUUGAAAGAAAGCAAUCUGAAGAUUGUUAGCUUGCAAAAGCGCCUGGACGAAGAGGUUAUACUCGGAGGGAAGUUAAGAGAGAAGUGUGAUGCUUUGCUCAAGAGUUUAGCUGAAGAAGCACUUCACCGAGCCGAGGCAGAGAGUUUGUUAGAGGAAGAACGAGACAAGAGUCGUAAAAUACAGAAACAGUUUGACCGCGAGUGGGCUGAAUUUGAGAAGAGAUUAAUCGAAGAGCGCGCCAUGAGAUCAGAUAUUGAGCGACAAUCAAAGGGCUUCAUGAAACAAUUGGAGGAAGAAAAAAGUUGUAAGAUGGCGUUACAAAGAGAACUGGAGGCCUUGAAAGAAAGACUGAAUUAUCAGGAAAAGAACGGCCAGUACAAUGAAGGACCACAAGAUUCAGUGAUAUACGAGGAAAAGUGUGAAAGUGAAGCUCACACAGACCUGGAAUCAAGUGACUGGAUAAUCAGCCGUGACGAAAUUGAAGUAUCCAACGGAAAAAGCUUGGGCACUGGUGGUUGGGGCGUGGUGAGGGAAGGAAAAUUCCGCGGCUGUAGAGUGGCGGUAAAACAGAUUCACGAACUGAUUCUCUCCCCUCACAACAGACGUUUGUUUAUGCGCGAGAUGGAAAUUGCCUCCAGGUGUCGGCAUCCCUGUCUUCUUCAGUUCGUCGGGGCAACGAAUGAUGAUGGCGUCCCGUUGUUUAUCACAGAGCUGAUGGACACCAGUUUAAGAGAUCUUCUUGAGAAACAACCGCUCAACAAAGUAAACAUUGUCACUAUUGCGCUUGACGUGGCCAGGGCUCUGAACUAUCUGCACCUGAACAAACCUCCCAUCAUUCACCGCGAUGUGAGCAGUGCUAACGUAUUGCUAUGGCGACGAGACAACCAGUGGCGGGCCAAAGUGUGUGACUAUGGUACUGCGAACUUCAUGAGACACUGUAGGACCAUAAACCCAGGGGCUAUUGUAUAUUCUGCACCAGAGGCCCUCUCGUUAGAGCAGUCGCCAAAGAUCGACGUUUACAGCUUCGGUUUGUUGCUCUGCGAAAUGUGCAUCCGGGAACUCCCCGUUCCUCGUCAGACUGAAGACCAGAUCUCAUUGAUAAAAGAUGAAGUCUUAAGAAACCUGGUGACAAGUUGCGCACAACAAGAUCCCGACGAAAGACCGAAAAUGGCCGAGGUAAUCGGGAAACUGGAACAAAUGGAACAUACAAGGGAUAUAUAGAAUGUUAUAACUGAGUGAUAGCACAAUGUUUGCAAGAAGACUGGGCAGUUUGUGAAGAACUAUGCUGGUUUGUAAAUUUAUAUCGAAAUGUGAUAAUUAAAAUUAGGCUGAUGCGAA